AUGGCUUACCCAUACCUCGCGAGGACAAUACUCAAGUACAAGUCCCCACACGCCACCGACUUGUCGUUUGCCAAAGAUGAGACAAUCCGCGUGACGGGCCCUUCACCCGAUGACGAGGACUGGCUCGUAGGCGAGAGCGUGGACGGUGCGCGGUCGGGAGGGUUCCCGAAAGACUUUAUCACACCCGUCGAGGAUGAAGCCGAGAGCACUGCCGAGCCUGCUCCUGCCUCGCCUGUUGCUGCUGUCGCCGCUGCCCCAGUCCCCGUUCCGACUGCCGAAGAGCCUGUUCCCGAACCUCCUGCGCCUGUACAGGAGACCGCUCCUGUCCAUGUGGAGCCCACUCCUCCUGCGCCCAUCGCUGAACCCGUUGCGCCUGCUCCCGAGCCCGAGCACGUCGCUGAGCCUCCUUCGCCCGUCAAGGCGCCCACUGUCGUUCCCGUCAAGGCCACCCCGCCUUCCCCGACCAAGGCGCAGACUGCUCCCCCAGCUCCUGUUGGUGCCCCAGCUGCCGGCGGAGAUGGCCCAGACGCGUCCCGCAUGUCGAUGAAGGAGCGUUUGGCAUUCUUCAAGGCUGCACAGGACAAGGUUUCCGCUCCUCCCCCGCCUGUCAAGCCCAAGCCCGCGGGGGGUCUGACCUGGAGCCAGCGCCAGAAACUCCGUCAAGAGCAAGAGGCCAAGGAGGCCGCGGAGCGUGCUGCCAGCGGCGAGCCCGAGCCUGCUCCUGUUGCUGCUGUCCCAGCGCCUGCCCCUGCCUCCGUGGCCAAGACGCCCUCGCCCCCUCCUGCCGCCCCCCACGAUGACGACAGCGGAGGCAUGUCGGCGGCCGACGCCGCGACCAGUGUGCGUGCCGGUGGAUCGCUCAAGGAGCGCAUGGCGGCCCUCAAGGCUGGUGGAGCGUUCGGUGCUGCUGCACCCCCUCCGCCCAAGCCCAAGCCGAGCGGAAAGGUGUGGACUCGCCCGCCUGCUCCCCCCGCGCCUCCUGCCGAGGAGGAAGGCGAAGAGGGUGUUGAGGGUAUCGAGCGCACCGUCUCCCCUGGCAUCAUCGGCGCUCCCCUCACCCAGGUCACCUCGACGGGCGAGCAAGCCGAAGCUGCUGAGGGCGACGAGGAAACUGGCGAGCCCGAGGAGCAGUCUGAGGAAGACGCCGAGAAGGCUCGUCGCGCGGCCAUUGCUGCGCGCAUGGCCAAGCUCGGCGCUCGUGGUCCCAUGGGCAUGAUGCCUCCCAUGGGUGCACCCAAGCCCAUCCCGGCUCGCAAGAAGACUGUCGAGGUCGAGGCUCCCGCUGAGACUGAAGGUGCUACCGAGCCCGAGGCCGAGCCCAUCGCUGCCCCCGUGGCCCUGCCUUCCCUCGCCGCUCCUGUUAUUACUGAGCCUGAGGUGGCCAAGUCCGAAGCCGUCACCACCGCUCCUGCCUCGGUCAAGAUGCCUGCCGUGCCUCGCCGCGCUGCUGGUCCCCGUCGUCGUGCGGCCGCGUCGUCCACGCCAGCAACGUCCAACCCCGAAUCGCCUGUCGACGCCUCUGCGCCGGCUGUCCCUGUCCCAGCAGUGCCAGAGCGCCCUAUCUCGCCCUAUGAGAUCGUCAACGCGGACGGCACGAUCGAGCCUCCCAUCCAGGUGCCCAUUUACGGCGAGGAGGACCCCAUCCCGCUCACUGCCGAGCAGGAGGAACUCCACCGUCUCAAGAUUGUUGCUGGAGCUGGUGGUCUCGGUGCCCUUGGCGCCGCUGCGGCUGGUAUUGCCUUGGCCCCUCCGCGAAACGAGGACGGCGAGCCUCUCCAGCAGCACGCCUCUCCUCAGGCCCCUACCGCCGAGCUCGAGCACCAGGCCGAGCGCGAGAUGAUCAGCAUUGAGGAGGACGCCGGUGCUGGCAGCUUUGGUGUCGAGGGCGCCGACGUUGUGGGAAUUGCUCUCGCGCCCGUCCCCGCCAAGGACGAGGUGCCCCGGCCGCCGGCUCGUAAGGCAUCUGCUCAGGUCGACGAGGGCAAUGACCACGUCGCCUCUGGCCUUGCGGCCGGUGCUGUCGGUGUCGCUGGCGUUGCGGCGGCAGGUAUCGCUGCCGCUCAUCACGCCGCUGCGCCUUCUGCACCCGCUCCCCCGGCUCCGCCAGCUCCUGUCGACUCUGACGAGGCCGACGACGAUGAGCAGUGGGACGACGCCCCGCCUCCUCCCCCGCCUGUCCGCCAUGUCAUCACCCCCACAGCUCAGCCUGAGGACGAGGAAGAUGUCGCGCCCCCGCCUCCGGCUCGCCAGGCGAGCCACCCUGCUCCGCAGCAGACACUGGACAACGACGACGAGCAGGAGGAGGAUGUCCCCGAGCCCCACGAUGUCGCUCCCGCCACACCUCCUCCCCCGCCAGCACGCGCGCUGUCCCACACCACCGAGGAUGCCCCUCCUGUGCCCCACACUCGCCCCCCGGUGCCGACCUCCCCUGUCGCGCCGGCUGCCCACACUGUCGACACUGCUCUAUCGGUCCCGGACCAUCACCAACAGCCGCCUGCGUCCCCUCGUGGACCCCGCCCGCUCCCUAGUCGUCCGACUGCUCCCCCAGCCCCGACUACGACAGAUGCGGACGACCUUCCUGUCCCUCUGUCCCGCUCCCCAGCCAUCUCGCCCAUUGCUCAGACGCGCGAGCUUGAGCCCGAGCCCGAGGCCGCUCCCCCGCCUCCCCCAGCGCGUACCCACUCGCGCAAGGGGUCUUUGCCGCCACAGCACGCCCCACCUCCUCCCCCGGCACCGGUUGAGGAGCAGGAGCAGGAGCAGGAGCAGCACUCUGGCCACGGCGGUGUUGCGGCGGCCGCAGCGGUUGGAGCUGGCGGUGCUGCAGCGAUUGCCGCUGCGGUCGCGCACCGCUCGCCCUCGCACGACGACGGCGCACCGCCUGUUGACGAAGACUCGGCCCGUCGCACCAGCAUUGCAGCUCGUAUGGCCAAGCUCGGUGGUAUCAAGUUUGGCAUGCCCCCGCCCGUCUUCAAGCGGCAUUCCUCGAGCAUGAGUGAAGAACCUGCCGCUGAAGUGGUGACGUCGCCCACGACCGAGACCCGUCAACCGCUCGCCACUGAGCCCGAGGAGAUUGAGGAAGAGGAGGAGAAUGAGGGUGACGACGACGACGCACCGCCACCUCCCCCCCGUGUGGCCGCCCACGCGCCUAGCCGUGAGGCUCCUGCCGCUGCCCCCGCCGAGGACGAUGGCGAGGAGACCCCUGAGCAGGAAGCUGCUCGUCGACGCGCGACUCUUGCGCGUCUCCGUGCCGGUGGAGCCCUGGGCUUUGGUCUCUUCAACGCUCCCGAGCCAGAGCCGGAGCAUGUGGCCGAGCCUGAACCCGAGCAUGAGGAGGUCGGCCAGGGUCAGGAUGAAGAAGAGCCCGAGGAGGAGGCCCCGCCACCACCUGCUCGUCGUUCCAGCAAGCCGACAACCACUCGUCCCCCGCUUCCCCCUCCCCCUCCCCCGGCCGACGACGUCGAGGACGAGGAUGAGGAAGAGGAAGAGGAGGACGCGCCGCCUCCCCCACCACGUCGUUCACCAUCUAUGCCUCCACCCGUGCCCAAGAUCCCCACCCGUUCAGUCCCCACGAGCCCCGAGGUGCAGGCUGCUCCCAUUCUUCCUCACGCCCAGUCCGCGCCACACGCACCCCCUCGCGGUCUGCCCCCUCCCCCUCCUCCUCCUCAGGAAGAGGAAGACGAUGAGGAGGAGGAGGACGUGCCCCCGCCGCCCCCGGCACGCACGCAUACCCUUUCUCCUGAGCAGCACGACUUUGACGAUGCUGCUCCGCCAGCGGUCCCCGCUGGCCGUCCGCGCCAGGCGACCGCUCCAGCCCUCGACGCUCCAGCGCCGCCGCCUCCAGCUUCGGCCCUGCCGCCUCCACCUAUCCCGACUGCUUCGCACCCGCGCGCUUCCGUUGACCAGUCUCGCCCGAGCAUGUCGAUGCCCCGUCCAGGCUUCCACGAGCUCCAGACUGCCUCGGCCCACCAUGGAGUCACGCUCCUGCGCGCGGCCAAGGGAGUCUUCGAGCAAGGCAAGCGCGGGUACUAUGGCGACGGCUCGCCCGCCGGCUUUCUGCGCGUGGCGUUCGACCAAGCGCGUAUCCCGCUCCCCGAGUCCGUCGCCGCGGGCGUGUGGGGCGUGGUCGUGUACGAGCAAGAAGCGUCGUCUGUCCUGAAGCGCCUGGACGAGCCGCGCCCGGGAGACGUGGUGGCCCUCUUUGACGCGCGGCUCAAGGGCAAAAAGGGCUUGCAGGGUUAUACCCAGCAGGUCGGGUCUGUCGAGGACGCGCUCGUCGGUGUCAUCCAGGACUUUGACCAGAAGAACAAGCACAAGCUCCGCGUCCUCCAGGUCGAGCGCGGACACCCGGAGGAGGUCAGCUACAGGCUUGACGACCUCAAGUCGGGUCGCGUCGUGGUCUUCCGCGUGGGCCUUUAA